UUCAUCUUGCGUGUGUUUGCCCUCUGUUUCCAAGUGCUCCGGCUGGUUUUUCACCUUUCUUGCUGUGUAAUAUGUAUCCAUUUUGUACGCUCUGUUAAUGGUUUUUGGUACAGCAGAGUAGACAACGCGGGAUUGCGCGCAAUUGUGGAUCUAUUUGCAUAGACUUCCCGGUAGUGGAACACACCGACGAUGAUGUUAGGUUAUCAAUUUUUGAAUUUUGGUGUUAAUCAUCGGCCGUUGUCUUCGAAGUAGUAGCUGAUAGUGAUUAAGUUCGAUGUGCCAAAGGAUAUUACACCAUUACAAAUUAGAUCGUGUUCAUCUGGGUGAAGCAAUUUAGAGGCGGUGGGGGGACCAUCAAUUAAGUCAAUCCAAUAAUCGGUCGAAGUGUCCAAGGUGGCGACCGUUAAUGUGUGUUGUGUCCUUUCGGAACUGUGAUAGAUCAACAAAACUAUCUUCUAGCUUAAUCUGUGAAUGUCAACAAUGAUCGUUGAGGAGUGUAUUUGAAAGGCUUUAUGUUUGUUUUUAUUCCCCGUGAUGUAGGCCAAGAAAACUAAUCUAGUGAUCCGGCGUUGAAAAUAUACACAAUUUGCAGCGAAAUAGUGCGGCGAAUGUAACAUUAGUGCAUUGGUUCCAAGUUACGUUGUUUGCAUUAGUGCACCGUGAAGGGGUAGGAGGAGGAGGAUCAACGGGAGCAACAAUUCAGUGACUGCUUGGAUUAGACCGACUUACCAUAGUUCGCGCAACUAGUAGAAAGCCAGACACUUGCACUGCAGCAUAGUUUCGUUCCGUUGGACUGAAAAAGAAAACCGCCAACAUUCCGCAACAAGAUGGAAAGAGGACUACAUGAUCGGGACCGGGUGGGGCUGCAGGAUCAGGUCCUGCUGGAGGACUACCAGAGCGAGGACGCCUUCAUCGAUAAUCUGAAAAAGCGAUUCCAGGAGAAUCUCAUAUACACCUACAUUGGACACGUCCUGAUUUCCGUCAAUCCAUACAAGGAGUUGCCGAUCUACACGGAGGAGGAUGUCAAAGAGUACCGGAAGCGACACUUUUUCGAAGCGCCUCCACAUAUCUUCGCCCUGAGCGACAACGCGUACCGGUCGUUGACCGAGGAAAACCGGGGCCAGUGCAUCCUCAUCUCGGGCGAGAGUGGCUCGGGCAAGACGGAGGCCUCGAAGAAGGUUCUGCAGUUCAUUGCCGCAGCGACGGGCCACACCAGCAGCGUCGAAGGAGUCAAGGAUAAACUGCUACAGAGCAAUCCCGUGCUCGAGGCAUUCGGCAAUGCCAAAACCAACAAGAACGACAACUCGUCUCGUUUCGGAAAGUACAUGGAUGUGCAGUUCGAUUUCACCGGCGCUCCGGAGGGUGGCAACAUUUUGAACUACCUGCUGGAGAAAAGCAGAGUGGUGCAUCAGAGCGCGGGGGAGCGCAAUUUCCACAUAUUCUAUCAGCUGCUGGCCGGGGCGGAUGACCAGCUGCUGCAGGAGUUGUUCCUCAAGCGGAAGCAGGACACUUACUACUAUCUGACUGAUGGGGACAACAGAAUCGAUGCCAAUAUUCGAGAUGAGGACAAUUUCCGUCAGGUACAGAAAGCCAUGACGGUGAUUGAGAUUCCACCUGAAGAACAGAAAAUGAUCCUCGAAAUCAUCGCCUGCGUCCUUCACAUGGGCAACGUGGGAUUCACAGAAGAGGAAGGAAAAGCUAAGAUUUUGAAGCCGGAAUCCGUGACGGCAAUUUCGAAGCUUCUCAACUGCGAGGAGGAGCAACUCCGGACUGCAUUCAUCCAUCGUUCGAUCGAGGCCAGAGGUGAUAUCGUAACAAGUCCCCUGAAUCGUGAUAUGGCCAUCUACGCCCGGGACGCCCUGGCAAAGGCAGUGUACGACCGACUGUUUACCUGGCUGGUGUCACGCAUCAACACAUCGCUGCACAAUGAACAUACAAUCAAGAAGAACAGUGUUAUGGGCAUUCUUGACAUCUAUGGCUUUGAGAUAUUCAAAAAGAACAGCUUCGAGCAGUUCUGCAUUAACUUUUGCAACGAGAAGCUGCAGCAAUUGUUCCUGGAAUUGACACUUAAACAGGAACAAGAGGAGUACCUGAAGGAAGGUAUCGAGUGGGAACCGGUUGAAUAUUUUGACAACAAAGUUAUCUGUAAUUUGAUCGAAGAGAAACACAAAGGAAUUAUUGCGUUGAUGGAUGAAGAAUGUCUGCGCCCGGGAGACCCCACCGAUAUGAGUUUCCUGGGGAAAAUGAAUGAUAACCUUGGUAAUCACCCUCACUACAUUUGCCACAGCCGGGCCUCAACGACCAUCCAGAAAACGAUGGGUCGUGACGAGUUCCGAUUGAUUCACUAUGCUGGUGAUGUUACAUAUCACGUUCAUGGAUUCUUGGACAAAAACAACGAUCUGUUGUUCAGAGACUUGAAGGAAGCUAUGUCGGGUUGUAAAAACGAUAUCAUCCGGAAGUGUUUCCCAGCGUCGGAGAUUUCCAGCAAAAAACGCCCAGAAACGGCUGUUACACAGUUCAAGAACUCGCUGAACAAUCUCAUGGACAUCCUGAUGUGUAAGGAACCAUCGUACAUUCGAUGUAUCAAACCCAAUGACCUGCAGGCCCCUGGUCACUUCGAUGUUGAACUAAUCCGUCACCAGGUUAAAUAUCUUGGUUUGAUGGAGAACCUGCGCGUACGAAGGGCCGGAUUCGCGUAUCGCCGGUCCUACGAAUUGUUCCUCAAGCGCUACAAGUGCCUCAGUAGGCAGACAUGGCCACACUACCAUGGACCCGCCAAGGAAGGCGUUCAGGUCCUUGCGUGCGAAAUGGGCUAUAAUAAGGACGACUACCGGAUGGGCAAGACGAAAAUCUUCAUUCGUUUCCCGAAAACCUUGUUCGAGACUGAAGAUGCAUUCCAGGCGAAAAAGCACUAUCUCGCCUCGAUUAUUCAGGCCCGUUGGAAGGGCCGUCGGCAGCGGCAAAUUUAUCUACAAACCUACGCCAAGAUCAUCGCCUGCCAGAAGUACAUCCGGCGCUAUUUAGCCAUCCAAGAGCGCCGCCGUCGCCGAGCCGCGGCCGACAAGAUCCGCUUCUUCAUCAAAGGGUUCAUCACCCGACACGAGGAACCGAACGAAUGCAACCGGUCCUUCAUCGAGCACACCAAACGCCACUGGCUGAACAAGCUGGCCCGAAGCCUCCCUCGGUCAUUCAUGAACCACACCUGGAUUCCAGCGCCGAUGCACUGUCAAGAUGCGUCCAUCCUGUUGCGACGAAUGCACAAACUGCACCUCGCGCGCCUCUAUCGAUGUAGUCUGACGCCGGAGAGGAAAAACCAGCUCGAGCUGAAGGUUCUCUCCGAGUCAAUGUUCCAGCACAAGAAGAAAAACUACCCGGAAAGCGUUGGACCGUGGUUUAUCGACGACCGGAUCUCCAAAGCGCACGCGACCCCGAUCAGCAACUUUGUCUUGUCGCAAAUGAACUACGAGAAGCUAUACUACUCCACCCCGGUGAUCAAGUACGAUCGGCACGGAUACAAACCGCGCGAGCGUUUCUUCCUGCUGUCGGACAAAGCCGUGUACCUGCUCGAUGGCAAAACGUACAAACAGAAGCAUCGCCUCCCGCUGGACAAGAUCGACUUCUGCAUCACUAGCGAACGGGACGGUCUGAUGCUGAUACGCAUUCCGCUCGAGCUCAAGAAGGACAAGGGUGACCUGAUACUGGAUGUGGCGGACAUCAUCGAGUGCUGCGUCUGGAUCGUGGACGUGACCAAGAACCGCAAGAUUGUGAACAUCGUCGAGACGGGAUCACUUUCGCACAAUCUAGUCCGAGGAAAAACGGGUGUGAUCGAGAUUCAAACUGGUCCCCAGCCGAGCAUAACGCGUGCGAAAAGCGGAAACCUGUUGGUUAUUGCGGGACAAUAAUCAAGCCACACGAGGGCAAGUCGUACUUCAUCAACCAGCCGGGCGUUGGAUGGGAAAGAAAUAAAUAUAUUUCAAAAUCGUACUUAGGUCGCACUCAGACGAAGUCAAGCUAAAUUUUAACAUGUUGUGUACGAGAUGGACUGAAAACAUCUUCCCCGCUAAAUGUAGGGAACUAUGGAUGAGUUUGAAUUUUAAAGUGCCUUUGUAAAGCCUUGCAGAACAAACGUGGUUUGACGGAUGUUAUUCUGUUAGCUAUCGAGUGCCAUCACAUGGUAGUAUACAAUUACAACCGAUUCUUAAUUAUCAUAUUUUCGAAGCAUCGGCUUUUAAAUCUGAUUUUUUUACACACAGGCAAACACAAUGUAUUUUUCCAACUAGCCAGUAGACAAUAAGGUCAAAAUCGGAGGCAGAAAGUCCUUAUGAUCCCUAUCGAAAGCUAUUGAUUGUUAUUAUUUAUUUGAUAUGGAGAUUUUUAGCACGCGAGCAAGUGAUGCUCGUUAGUUUCACGGAAGGGAUAAACAAACAGGAAAGGCACAGGAGAAUCCCCUCGUCGAUCUUGAACCCUUCUUAAAUUAAAAUAAAAAUAUCGCACGACACAUUAUUUGCCCGCUAAUAAGCGCGACUUUAAAGACGGGGACAUUGCGCACGAGUCACCAAUCCAUUCAACAGAAAAAAACACAAUAUUUGCCCCAAGUUAAACUCCGCCGUUGCGCACAAACAUUCGAACUAUGUGCCUUUAUGCCCAUUAGAAUGCGAUACUCGCAGCAGGCUGCAUCCGGCAAAGCCGAAAACCAAUAUUCCCAAUAUCAAUAAAUUUACGUUUUUCGUGCAAAAGUGGAAGAAUAACCCUUAAAAAAAUGUUUAGCCUAAACAAACGCAACGCAUAUCGAAGUCAAAUCAGCGACAGCAAAAAAAGGGAUGCAGGAGACAGUGGCGAGGAAGUAAUAACAAAAAAAACCCGAGGGGACACUCUUCCUCACACACACAGCCAAGCAGCGACUGUAUACUUUUAUGAACCAUAACAACCAUUAAUUAUAGCAUUUUUAUAUCAUUUCCACUGCUUUUUUACCAUUAUUUCUGAGCAUUUCCUACUACUAACCUAGCGCGGAUGUUUCGCACCGUAUGUGGGGGACACAUGCACUGUGAUGUGCCGUAUUUGCACACAUACGAGACUAGGCGAAGCCGAUACCGAGAUGAAGCAUAACGAUGCCACGAGGGAGAAAAAAAACGCAGCUCCCGUUAGGUGUCAAAUUAUUCACAGCGAUAGGAUAUAAUGGAUUUUACUGUUAAGAAUUGAUGAUUCGAGAUGAGCAAAUUGGAGAGAAAAAAAACGCGGGGUAAAGUGUCGACACAUUGCGUUGUGAGGUUUUGACUUUUACUCACAGAAAUAUUUUUCAUCAAUUAGUUGACUAGCUUCUGUAAAUUUUAUAUAUAAACAUGUUAAUAAAAUGCAUCAAAAUAGAA